GGUGUGUUGAUUAAUGGAACCGGCAACUGCGGAUAAAUCUACACACCGGAAACUCGUUCUUUGCCAUCGUUGCGGAAGAAGAUUAGACUCGAGAGAUUUUCUCAAGUGCGGAGAGGCAGAUUAAAUGACCGUUGUUGUUUUGGUCAGUUUCCCCGAGUUGAAAUUUCCGAAGCUGCUUUGCCGGUGCUUAAAGAGCGCGGCAUUUUACGGAAUCGAAAUUAUUUCGGAUUUAAAAUUUAUCUUGUUCAGUGCAGUAAUAUCAAUUUCGGUUUGCUUUCCAAAGAAUAUACGGUAUUUAGCAGUAUAAUGUUGUGUUUGUUAUUAUUACGUUACUGUUUGGGUUAAUCUUUGAUAAUUCGCUGUUUGGAUAAAGUAAUUGUUACUUAUUUGAGUCUUUCUAACUACGAUGGAAAAAUGGAUAUUUAUCGUCGCUAGCAGUUGGAUAGUUUGCGGAACAGGUGUCCUGCCAGUGAUCCUUGCCGAAUUUUCUUUUGAAAUAAAUCCGCGACUGUUGAUCCAUGUUAAUUUCACCAACAAAUUCCAAACGCAAUGUGAUAAUGACACUGACAACUGCACGAGUAUAGUGCCGGAGAAAUCGCUGAUACCUUCGGGUGACGGGAACACGAUAGCGCCGACAAUCAAAAUUUGUCAAACAGAGAGAUGCCACGAGCUGGCAUCAUCCAUGAAGAUGGCCAUGAACUUCUCCGUUGAUCCAUGUGAUAAUUUCUACGACUAUGCCUGUGGCAACUGGAGCACUUAUAAUCCAAUUCCAGAUGAUCAGGGAAGCUGGGAUAAUUUCCACGUGGUUACGGAAAAAGUCACAAAGCAACUCAAGGAAAUCCUUGAACGCGAAGAUGUAAGCGACCUUUCCACCUCUAGGCAGAAGGCGCGAACAUUUUACAAAGCCUGCAUGGAUGUCGAUCGCAUGGACAGCCUCGGGCCUUGGCCGUUACUGCAGCUGCUGCGCAGUGUGUUGGGCGAGUGGCCGGUGUUGGCUAAACAGUGGGAUGCCGGCGGAUUUCACUGGUUGAAUGCCAUUAAGAAAACGAAGAAACUGGGACUGGGUCUGUUUCUGGAAUGGGCCAGCUCGUCCGACCCGGAAAAUCCCAAGAAGAAUAUCGUUCAUUUUGUGGAAGCCAGUCUGGGGUUGAACACGCGGAAACUGUACUUUGCACCGCAAUCGGAAUACAUUCGCGAUGCGUACAAGGGAUUCAUUCGCAACCUCAUGGUGAUGCUCAACGAUGAAUCGGGAUUUAUUGCACCGGAUAAAGCGGCACUUAUUCAAGCGGAUGCCGAUGCGGUGUACGAAUUCGAAGUUUUGCUUGCGGGGCUUUCACGGACGGAAGAAGAGCGUCGCAAUUUAUCCUUAUCGUUAAACAAGAUGACAUUGGAGAAAUUCCACGAGAAAUGCCUGAGCAGCACGAUGACCUUACAGCAGCUAAUGGAUUAUAUGGUGGAAAUAAUGCCCAAUUCCACGCUGAAAGAGCUGGUCACACCGGAAAUGGUUAUCAAUGUGGCCAAUCCGGAUUAUUUUGUGAAACUGCACAGUAUUCUGGCCACAUAUUCCCGUGAGCCACAAAAACAACGAGUAUUGGCCAAUUACAUCGGCUGGCGAUUAACGAUGGAAUUUUCCGCCAAGCUAACGAAAAAACUGCGCGACAUUGUCGAGGCAUUUGGACGAGUCCUGGACGGGUCGAAGAAGGAGCCGGAACGCUGGAAAAUCUGCUCAGGAAAGGUCAACGCGGUGAUGAACACGGCGGUCGGGUCACUCUACGUCAAAAAUUACUUUGAUGAAUCAAGCAAACGUAAAAUUCGGUUGUUAGUGAAAGAUUUGCGAGCGUCGUUCGGCGCGGUGUUGAAGAAAGCUGACUGGAUGGAUGAAUUAACACGGCAGCGGGCACUGGAUAAGUUAGAAGCUAUGAACGAAUAUAUCGGAUAUCCUGAUUACAUAAUGGACGACAUUCCACGACUGGACAAGGAAUACGAACGCCUGGAAUUCGGUCGGGAUCAUGCGUACAACUGCAUGAACGUCAACCGCUUUAGUGUGGAAACGAAUCUCAAAGACUUACUAAAAGUCAAUAAUCGCUCUUUGGAUGAAUCUCUAACGCCGGCGGAUGUCAAUGCGUUUUAUGAUCCUUCCAACAAUAUUAUCGCAUUUGUUGCCGGUAUUCUUCAACUGCCAUUUUACGAUGCCAAUCGACCGGAAUAUUUGAAUUACGCUGCCAUUGGAGCAGUAAUUGGUCAUGAGAUUACCCAUGCUUUCGAUGAUCAAGGGUCACAGUUUGAUGCAGAUGGGAAAUUCCAUGACUGGUGGACGUUGGAAUCGCGAGCCCGUUAUGGCAUGAAAGCCAGCGGUCUCGUGCAAAAAUACAGCAACUACGUAUUACCCCAAGGUCAAGUUAAUGGGCUUUUGACGCUGGGGGAAAACAUUGCUGAUUGUGGGGGCGUGAAAACAGCCUAUCAGGCAUAUAAACUGUACGUUCAACGACGAGGUUUCCUGGAAGCAAUUCUGCCCGGUUUCGAAAAUUUUACAACAGAGCAGCUGUUUUUGGGAGUAGCUCAGGAUUGGUGUGGUUCCGAGAGGGACAGAAUGACCAUGGUAUCGCUGCUGUCCUUUACGCACAGUCCGAAGAUGUUCCGGAUAAUUGGACCGCUGUCCAGUAUGCCCGAAUUCGCUGAUUCUUACCGGUGUCGAGUUGGAUCUCGUAUGAAUCCCCUUAUUAAAGCUGCUGUCUGGUAGUGCACAUGUUUUGCAAAUUAACGUAUUAUAUUUUUAUUUUUUGUAACUGAUGUUCAGCUUGCUUGCAUAAGCAGUAUUCUAGAAAUUUAAAGCAGGAACCAUGGAUUCUUAAAAAAGAGAAUCUAAGACAUCAAAGGAAUAAAUAAAAUUAAAAGACAGGCUCCA